AACGCAGCCCGCUCCCCGUACCGCUUCAGUUUGUCAGCGAGAGCGGUCGAGAGCAGAAGACUAGCAGAGUCUAGAGAUAUAUCUUUUUUUUUGUGCACCAGAAUCCGAAUCAUACAAAAUGCUUAAGUGGACGGCAUCGGGGCAGCGCCUGAACGAGAUUCCCAUGCAGGAUCAGGAUCCCAACAACACCCAACGGAGGCGACUUCAAAGGAGGCAGAGACGUCAGAGAAGGGCCACGAUAGCCAACAAAGAGAAUGUGCCCGAUACAGUGGGCUAUACCUCCACUCCAGUGCCCAUUUCCCGGCUGCUUAACAGCCCCUUGGUUUUGGCUCCUCUGAGCGAUAUUCGAAAUGUCACCCCGGAGCCGGUGGUCCGGAAUCAGGCUCCCCAAAGGGUCCAGAGUGUCAGAUAUGCCACCACCUUGCCACGUUUCGCCGAGGAUUACUCGCCCAAUGGUCUGCCAAGUGGCCAGCAUCUGGCCCUGCGGGGUCUGCCUCCCUUGGAUCCUUUUCUGGAACAACCACGCUAUAUAGUCGGCUCGGGUGCUGGAAUAAUUCAGCUGAAGCAGCGCAAGUUGGACGAUGAGUUUGCGGCCACGAUGGAGCCUGAAGUCCAGGAGCCACCCACCAAGAUGGGAGCUCGUCCCAGUACUCCGCAGCCCGCUUCCACCCAAAUGGGUGAUCAGACAUUGGAUCGCCUCAUAGAUGCCAUAUUGGACUCCGCUUGCAAGGCAGACGACAGCAGCAAGAAGAAGACCAGGAGGUCCACCUUCAAUCUACGUCGACGAACCUUGAUGAAACAGCAACUGGAGUCGAAUUGCCCUCAAGAGGUCCUGUCGCCAUCCUACGCACCGGGAGAUGACCCAGCUGCCGAUCUAAGCUUUGGCCUGGUGCCUCUGCCCAUGCACCAUCUGAUGGCAACUCCAGAGCCGGCCUCUCCCUUGACCAAAAUACCGCACAACGUGCUCAUUCAACUGGCAACUCCUGUGGUUCCAAAGCCUGCAACCUGCGACAAUACCUUCUGCAUGGAGACACCAGUAAAGGCCCUGAAGAGGGGCCGCAAGGAGAUCAUCGCCAAGGAGUCACCCAUUAAACGAUAUAAGGUCGACGAGCGCAACUACUUCGAGGUGGGAUUGGCCCUGCCUUCAUCUAUCUAUGUAUAAAGAGAGGUCCUUCGAAAAGAAACCUGAAGAAAGCCACGAGGAAAAGAAGAAACGAAAGAAAGAGAGCGAGCAACGCUGACAAACGGGGGGAAAACGCUUAACUAUGACGCUUAACUAGUUCCUAAGUCCUUAACUAAGCAACAUCACAAUUUUGUAAAUAAUUUCUUAGACUAAUUUGUAAAUUUUAAUAACCUUUUUUUUUGAUACUGCUGUUAUGUAGUUUUUGAAAACACAACUUUUUUUUCCAUUAUUUAAUUUUAAACAAAUAUUUAUUAAUAUUUUAA